GCAGAGCGCCGAGCGAGGGUGUCGGCCAUUUUGUGUCUGUUUCCUGUGGGACGCGGUGGUGGCCGUUGAGUCGGAAGAGUGGGCGCUCUUCGCUUCGUUUUCCCUGCUCGUCUUCGCCUCCCGUUUCCGUGUCGGCAGGACGCCGUGAUGGGUCGCAAGAAGAAGAAGCAGUUGAAGCCGUGGUGCUGGUAUUGCAAUAGAGAUUUUGAUGAUGAGAAGAUUCUUAUACAGCACCAGAAGGCAAAGCAUUUUAAAUGCCAUAUAUGUCAUAAGAAAUUAUACACAGGACCUGGCUUAGCUAUUCAUUGCAUGCAGGUGCAUAAAGAGACAAUAGAUGCUGUACCAAAUGCCAUACCUGGGAGAACAGACAUAGAGUUGGAAAUAUAUGGGAUGGAAGGUAUUCCAGAAAAAGACAUGGAUGAAAGACGACGACUUCUUGAACAGAAAACACAAGCAGAGAGUCAAAAAAAGAAGCAGCAAGAUGAUUCUGAUGAGUAUGAUGACGAUGAAACUGCAGCUUCAACUUCAUUUCAACCACAGCCUGUUCAACCUCAGCAAGGCUAUAUACCCCCAAUGGCACAGCCAGGGCUACCACCAGUUCCAGGAGCACCAGGAAUGCCACCAGGCAUACCUCCAUUGAUGCCAGGUGUUCCUCCUCUGAUGCCAGGAAUGCCACCAGUUAUGCCGGGCAUGCCUCCUGGAUUGCAUCAUCAGAGAAAAUACACCCAGUCAUUUUGCGGUGAAAACAUAAUGAUGCCAAUGGGUGGAAUGAUGCCACCUGGACCAGGAAUACCACCUCUGAUGCCUGGUAUGCCACCAGGUAUGCCACCUCCUGUUCCUCGUCCUGGAAUUCCUCCAAUGACUCAAGCACAGGCUGUUUCAGCUCCAGGUAUUCUUAACAGACCACCUGCACCAACAGCAACAGUUCCUGCUCCACAGCCUCCAGUUACUAAGCCUCUUUUCCCCAGUGCUGGGCAGAUGGGGACACCUGUAACAAGCUCAAGUACAGCUUCAUCCAAUUCAGAAAGUCUGUCUGCAUCUUCUAAAGCUCUGUUUCCUAGCACAGCACAAGCUCAGGCAGCUGUCCAAGGACCUGUUGGUACAGAUUUCAAGCCCUUAAAUAGUACUCCUGCAACAACUACAGAACCCCCAAAGCCUACAUUCCCUGCUUAUACACAGUCUACAGCUUCAACUACUAGUACAACAAACAGCACUGCAGCUAAACCAGCCGCUUCAAUAACAAGUAAGCCUGCGACACUUACAACAACCAGUGCAACCAGUAAGUUGAUCCAUCCAGAUGAGGAUAUAUCACUGGAAGAGAGAAGGGCACAGUUACCUAAAUAUCAGCGCAAUCUUCCUCGACCAGGACAGGCUCCCAUUGGUAAUCCCCCGGUUGGACCAAUUGGAGGUAUGAUGCCACCACAACCAGGCAUCCCGCAGCAACAAGGAAUGAGACCCCCAAUGCCGCCACAUGGUCAGUACGGUGGUCAUCAUCAAGGCAUGCCAGGUUACCUUCCUGGUGCCAUGCCACCAUAUGGGCAGGGACCGCCAAUGGUACCCCCUUACCAAGGCGGGCCUCCUCGACCUCCGAUGGGAAUGAGACCUCCUGUAAUGUCGCAAGGUGGCCGUUACUGAUCUUACUUCAUCCAAUCUAAUAGGUUUGGAGAUUAAACCUUUUAUCAACUUGUGCUGUUUAUAUAGCCAAGCUUCCGUCAAUAAGGCUUCAUUGUGACUUUAACAAACAUUAUCUUCCUACAUACCAGGAACUAUUGGACAUUUAUUUUACAUGGGAAAAAUUAUUUGGAAUAAUAAAGCAGGAACUUUUCCUGAAGUUGCAAUUUAUACUGUAUGGCUUCUUUUUCAUGUUUCAUCUAGGUUUUUAGAAGUGAAGUAUAGUAAAUUUGGUUCGUUAUAUUGUGAAGGCGCUGGAAUUACAUGAACAUACCACCUUAAUAAAGGCAAGUUCUGUAAUCUUACAUUGCUAUUUGUAAAGUUAUGCCUUCACAGCAUUUCAGAAUGCUGUUGGACUUCAUGUCCCCAACCUAGCUUGGUGAGGGCUGUAACUGUUUCCAAGUACCUGUACAUUGGAAGUCUGAAUGUGUAAUGAUAUUUAAUGUAUUUAGAGUUCCUCAUGUUGCAGGGCUUAAGAAAUCUGACCUACCAAGGUCAUGUGACUUUUCUGUACUGUUAAACUUCAUUGUAAUAAAAUGAGAGAAAAAAUUAUGCCUUUUUAUUCAUAACUCAGCUGUGGACCACUACCUGAAAGGUUUGUACAAAUGCAUGCCACAGUAGAUGUCCACAAAAUCUCAUAGUUGCCAAUGCAGUUUUUGAUAUACAAUUGAAUUAUUUGAAUUGUAGGUUGUUAGCUGCAUGUGUUAAACUGAACCAAUAUAUACUUAAUGUUAGUGCUUAAGUUGAUAGAACAAUUUAGAUAAAUGAAUCAUUAGUAAUGGGUAUUAAAUCUAUAUGUGACCUUUAUGCUCCCUUCGUGUUGAUAUAUGUUAGGUGUUAUAGUUUUUUUUUUUUAAGAUGUUGCUUUAUAAUACCUUCUUUUCCUGAGAGAUGCUUAGAGCCUAGUGCCAGACCCACUCGUUUCCUUCUGAUUAUUUUGGGAUAGCAAUAUUGUGUGGACCUCAGAACCUCAGCAAUUUUUCAGGUGCAAACUUCUAGAAGCUUAAGGUGCAUGUAGUAAUAGUUCUUUUGUGCUAUUAAAUUUAUAAUUAAUACCUUUUAAUUGUAAAGUGGUAGGAAUUAAGUACACCUAAGAAUCUUGAUAUUCCUAUAUUAAGAUUCUUAACGAGUGGAUUUACAGAUACUAUGUUUUUUGAAAAGUAAUAGUGUGAUUUUUUUACUACUUCAGUAAUCCUACAAAAAGCCUUUUAAUUCUUGGAAAUUUGAAUGUUACUAUGAUCUAUGAAGAACUUCUGUAUAGGUGACUACUGUUAACUCAGUUUCUUGUUACAAGUCUGAGAAUAAUGGCUCUUGACUUUGUUUUGGGGCUAUGUCCAGUAAUGCUCAGGAGAUACUCAAGGCUCUGCACUCAGGAAUUACUCCUGGGGAUACACUCAGGGGAUCAUACGUGAUGCUGGGAAUUGAACCUGGGUCUGCUGGGUGCAAAGCAAGUGUACCACCCAUUACUAUCUGUUCAAUCCCCUCUUGCCAGGUUUUGUUUUGUUGUAUUUUUAAAACUUCACUUUUACAAGAUAAUUUAGGAUAUUUGCUUACCAAAUUGUAUAGUAUAAUUAAAUGGGUUCAAAUUGAGUUUUACUUAGUAUUGAGCUAAUAUCUUAAAAUGAUUAGUAAAAUAAAAUCUCUAUAUGAAGAUGUACACUCGAUGAAAUUGAAAGUUUUUUGGAUUGCAUUAAUGUAGGAAAAUAUUGGGAAAUGUUUUGAUCAUCGUAGAGAAGCUUGUGACAAAAUUAUUUAAACAAAACAUUUUAGAUAUGACAGAUAUGCUAUUCUAUUAUUGUUGCUCUGAUCGAUUGUUUUAGAAUUCCUUUCACUACCAUUGAACUUAAAAACCUUAAGUCCAGAACGCUAACAUUCAUAUGUCACCAAGGAUCACCAAGGAUACAUUUCUCUGGCCCGCAGCCAAGUUCUCUCCUACCAAGUUCCUGCCUACCUAGUAGUUCUGAAGUUGUUAAGCCACAUUUCUUGGAUUUAUUUGGUAGUAUGUUUUAUCAUAGUGCUAUGGAAAAAACCAUUGAUAAUUUUUUAAAGGUAAAAAUAUCAUGAUUCAGUCAAAUAGAGUUUCAGUCAUUUCAUGUACGCUCUUAGCAGUAGUGAACUAAAAUGAGUAAUCUUUCCGCGUUUGUUUUGAACUUUUAAUGCAAAGAGACUUCUAUGUGUUUUAUUGUUUUCUCUGGCCUAAACGAAGAAACUUGCACUAGGUUUUGUGUGUGUGUGUAGUGUUGAGGAUUGAAGUCAAGUCCUCAUACACAUAAAGCAUGCACUUGCCACUGAAUUUUCAGUCGUUUUCUAUACAUAAAGUGAUAGAAUUUGCAUUAAAAGUUAAGGGGCUAGAAAGCCAUGAGGUAGUAUAGUGAGUUAAGUAGUUGCCUUGCAUGCAGUCAACUGAGUUCAAUUCCUAGCACUGUAUGUAGUCCCCUGAGCAGUGCCAGGUGAGGCCCCAAAACAAAAGUUGAGGGGCUAGAGAGGUAGUAAUGGAUAAGGACUUGUUUUGCAGAUGGUCAACACUGGUUGGGGUCUCAGCACCACAUUGGUGUCCUGAGCAUAUCCAAACCAAAUCAUCUUACCCAUCCCCAACCAAAAUUCUAAUAUUUUUGCUUGGCACUUAAACAUCUUGUCUCCUUUGUUAGAUACAUGGUUCAGGUGGUGCUUAUUUGGUAUGUUUAUACAGUAUAAUUUGUGCAUGCAUCAUAGUAAGCUUCUAGAAAAUAUCUUUAACCUGCUUCUGGGGUCCACAUGAUGGUUAAAUUAUGAGUGGAAUAACUUUUCAUUGAAAUGAAUUAACUUUUGCAUAUGCUUCCUUAAAUAAGAGAAGUUGAGUUAAUGUAAACUUCAGCUCCCCUCACAGAUAAGUUUUAGGAUUUGAUAUACCAGGUGUGCAUUGUGAUUAUCAUAUUUAAGGAAGUUGUAAGAUUAAUGGGGCAGCCAGGGUUGGCACUACCUCAUAUCCACUCCUAUAUAUCACCUUUAGGUGACAGCAAAAGUAGAUUUUGUCUGGCACUAGUUUCUAUUGUAUAGAUUUUACUAUGGUGUGAUAAUUAGACCAGCAGGUGAAGAUCAAUUUCUUAAUGGCUGCUGAGUUACCACCUGAAUACUUCAUUAUUUUAGUAAUCUCACACAUUUUCUAUUGGAAAUGGGGAAAAUACUCAGUGUGUUCUUAUUCUACUGAUCAAGUUACAUUUUUACCUUAUUCUAAGCUUAAUUAAUCUUAUUGUUGGGAUAUGAGGGGGAGAGAAGAGAUCCUCAACUAAUUAAAUUAUGGACUCAGAAUGGAAUAUGGUGGACAAGAGUUUUUUUUAAGCUGCUCUUUUUCCUUUGCUUGCUUGAUCAUUGGGAGGUUUUUGGGUUUUUUUUUUUUAUUUUAAUGCAUGUCUUUUACAUUAAUUGGGUAAUGUUUUUCUAAAAUUAAAAUUUUCUUCUUUCUAUAGCCCUGCCAUAGGACAGGCUGAGGCUGAGUCUCAGUGUUGCCCUGUUCAGUCUGAGGCAAGUGGGAUUUAUUUUAUUCCUUCUAGGGGCUUUCACAGCUUUAUGGCUGUUGGAUAUUUAUGUCCCCAAACUUGCAGCAAGUUUGGUGAAGGCCCCUAAAUUUAAUUAAAAUUAGGAUUUUUAUACUCUUUUGGCAGAGAAGGCUCUAUAUUAAUAUUCACGUUUGACUGUGGUGUUAAUAAAAGUGAUGUGUAAAUUUUAUGUAAUAUACUUUGUGUUACAUAAUAUUUUACAGCCUGAGUAAUGUUGGUAUUAUAAUGAACCAGUAAAUUGACAAAAUUUAACAUUCUUGAUUUGGAGGCAUGAGCUGUCAUUCAAAUUUUACUUUCAUCUUUAGGAAAAUCUUACUGUUUCUCUCCUCGAAUUUAAAUUUAACCUCAAGACUUAAGUUUUAUCAUUGGAAAUGCCACUGGAUACUGAAAUCUACAUUCUUAAUUGCAAAGUUAUAUGCUGAACAUUAAGGGUGAAAGGUCAUCUAGAAAUGGUUAUGAUUUAAUAUUUCCAAACCUCACCACAUUAGAGCAAAUGUUAAUGUAGAGCCCUAUGAAGUUUGGGAAGGUGGUGUGUUGUGUGUAUGUAUGUGUAUGUGUGUGUGUGUGUUUGUGAUAUGUAUAUACACAACACAUUCAAUAAACAGAUAAUAAAAGUUUGGCUAUUAUGACAUGUUUAUAAGAUGAGUAGAUUAAUAAUAUCUACAGGAAAUGAAACCAUUUUGAACUAUUUUGGAACUAUUACUUUGAGCGUUAUUUUCAGUCUUUUAUGCAGUAUUUUAUGCAAUAUUUUAUACAGUAUUUUAUGCAAUAUGCACGUAUUGGAUAAUACCUGUCUUUGUUUACAUCUUAAGUUAGCUCCUGUGAUCAAAGGUGUGUAUCUGGUGUACAAGGUGAAGAGGAAACUGAGAGGCCAAAACAAAACAAUUUUUAUUGAUUUUUUUCCCAUAUGUGUUUAAGCCACCAUACUUUGCAGAUAGUAUUUUUCUCUGAACAGUUGAAGAGUAAACAGUGUACAAUGUUCAUCAGUACUGCUUUCUAUGUGAUUUUAUCUUUGGAAGCAAAAGGAAGAAGCAUAUUACAGGAAUAUCGAUAUUUUUUUUCUUAAUUAGUAAACAAUGCUUUUUCUGUAAUUGAAUCAGAAUAGAAGAUUUAAUGUUUCACAAAACAAUGUAAUAAAAAGACUCCAUUGCAUUAUUUCAAAUAACCGUUUUGGUUAUUUAAACCCUUUAAGGCUUCUUACAUAGUUGGAUAUGUUUUUGUUGUAUCCAACAUUCCCAUCAUGCAAACGAUUCAAGAGUGGCAAACGAUUCAAGAGUGAAGUUUGUCCUGGUUCUAAUAGUAGUAAUUUGAAGUUUGUGUUGGGUACAAAGAUUCAGAUUUUUUUUUUUUUAAAUGGACAUUUGUUAAAGUUGAAAGAAGAUAACUAAUAAUUUCUUUGUCCCUAAGUUUGUGACCCUGACAAAACUGGUAAAUCAUGCUAAGUGAAAAAAAUGUUAUCUAAAUUUUAUAUAAAACAGGUUCGUCUUUUUUGGGGGGAUGGAUGAUACUGGAAUUUGAACACAGGGCCUUACACAUGCAAGGCAUAGGAUCUCACACUGAAUUAGAAAUUGCUAGCUCCUUAAAGGUAAAAUACUACAUACCUGUAAUGAAUAACUUUUGUGUGUUCUUCCAAAAUGAAAUGGGUUUUCUCUUUAGCUUUAUGAAAGAAAUGAUCUGAAACAUUUUAGUUACAAAGUUAUGGAUGGUAGUAGAGAUUUUUGUAAGUAAGGAUUAACAUACAUUACACUAGCUGUCAUGACAGUAAGUAACGGUUCAUUUUCUUCUUCUUUUUUUUUUAACCUCCCUGUAUUUUGUUUUCUGUAUUCUGAAUCAUAAUAAAUUAUCAUUUUGGUUUUUUUUGCAUAGAAAUGAAUUUUUUUCUGUGUGAUUUCUUGGCAAACUAUAAAGCUCUUUAAUGAGUGUAGUGCCAUGCAGUAGUAAAUAUUUAUGGUAUUUCGUUUUCAGGGUUAUAAUUAUCUUAAGCACUUAGGCACCUGCAGAUCUAAAUGAAAACAUGCGUAGAAAAUGAACAAAGCAGAAAUUUUUCAGUUUAUUAUUCUUACUGAAUUUUGCUGAUAAAUUUACUGAAUUUCAAAAGUGCAGUCUCAGUAGUUUCUUUUUGUUUGGGGGCCACACUCAGCAGCGCUCAGAGCUUUACUUCUGCUCUACUUAGUGGUCACUCUUGUUCUGUGGUUGGCCACAUGCAAGGCAAAUGUAUUUCUUCCUGAUCCCAUUUCAGUAAUAUUUUAAAUAACCAACUCCCCACUUGAUGUUUCUAUAGGGAAAUCAGUUCAAACAGUUUUUUUUUUUUUUUUCCUUUUUUGUUCACACUAAGCAAUGCUCAGGGGUUUCUCCUGGUGGUGCUUGAGGGACCAUAUGGGAUGCCGGGGAUAGAAUCCAGGUUGGCCAUGUGCAAGGCAAAUGCCCUACCCACUGUACUAUUGUUCCGGCUCCAUUGAAAGCAGUUCUUAAACAAAAACUAGUUUUAGUCAAUGAACUAAGAAAAUAAUUUAAAAGCUUUUUUUAAGACCACUCCCAAAUGUACUCCAGGACCAAUCCUGUAGUUGGGUUUGAACUUGGGUAUUCCUCAUAUAAAAUGUGUUUGUCAAUUGAGCUAUAUCUUCCAGCCCUAAAAACCUGCUCUGGGUCUAUUCUUUCAUAAUUGGUUAUGGGAAAGGGUGGUUUUUUUUUUCUUCCCCUACUUUGGAAAAAAAAUAUGGAAAGAAAGGCUUUGUCCGAAAAUUUGAAAUAAUUGAGUUAUUUGAAAUUUUGUAUGUUUUUGAAAGUUAUUAUACUAUGAAUAUAGAAGCCACUAAGGCACAAAUGGGACAGGGUUAUUUUGUUGUUGUUUUGGGGCCAUACCCAAGUAUUCAGGCUUACUCCUCAUUCUGUGCUCAGGAUUAUUAAUCACUCCUGGCAGUGCUUGGGAGAACCAUAGGGGUUCUGGGAAUGAAUCCUGGGUCUAUUGCAUGCAAGCCUUACCCACUGUACUAUCCUUCUGACCCAGAAAUGGAGAUCUUCACUGAAGCUAGUUUGAAAUUAUUCGUGUGAAGAAAAUUUUUAGUAUUGUGUUUAUUAUAAAGACUUUCCAGAUUAGAUUCUUUAGGAGAUACAUGCACAGUUAUGAGACUUUUAUUUUUUAUCAAAUUAACUGCUGAGAGGAUAGUAUUAAGUAAAAUUUCAAUGAUUAUUGGAGUCCUACCUGUUUUACCUUACUUGUUUUGGGAGUCAUACCCACAGUGCUUAUGGCUUACUCCUAACUGUACUCAUAGAUCACUUCUGGCAGUGUUCAAGGGACCAUAUGUGGUGCCAGAAAUCUAACCCCAUUUGGCCAUGUGCAAGGCAAGGACCUUAUCUGCUAUACUCUGUCUGCCCCUGUUAAAUCUAAGUGCCAUAAAUGAUGUUAUAAGGUGGUGUAAUGUCACGGCUGAGUAAUGUGCUGUGUAUCUGUAUGGUCAGGGGUUUGUGUGAAGCUGUUUUGUAAAGUGGAGUCCUUUAUUGGAAUUCUCUAAAUUCUCUGGCAUUCCUACUGUGUCUGGGUAUUGUCUUUUUUGUUCAUGGCAUUGUUGAAUCUCUGUGCCUUUACUUUUGGCUAAAUUUUGGAAUUCAGUGAAAUUGAAAUUGGAUAAAGAUUCUCUUUCCCUGGCUUUAUUACAGACAGACUGUUUGCAGAUAGUGAUUAUUUGAGAGGGGUCAUUAUGUAGUAUCAGUGAAUUAGACAUCGAAUGUGGGCGGGAGAUCUUGUGGGUGCCGAUUGUAUGCCUUGCGUCAGGUGACUGGGGGGUUAGCUUGCACCUGGUACCCUUAGCACUGCCUGGAGCAACCUAAGCACUUUCGUGAGAAGUCCAUAACUGCCUGGGUGUGGCCUAAAGAAAACCAUGACAUUUUAGUGUAGUGAAAAUCAACAGUAUUCUGCCUCUUAAAUUGGUUAGGUUUUUACCAUAUUAUUUCCCUGUCUGUAUUAAGAAUCAUGAAGCUACCAAGUAGACCAAGAGGGGAAUUACAAGUUCCUGUUUGAGUUAAGAAAAUAGGGGCCAUCUAGUUUUUGAGUAAGCCUGCCUUUUAGCAUCCAAGCUUCAAGACAAGCAGAGUUUACUGUAGUGUCAUUGUUUGAAAAUUGAAAAAUUUUUAAUAAGAAAAUGAAAAUCAAAUUAUUGAAAAUUGAAUUAAAGUUAAAAUAUUUGGCACUGAGAGGGUGUAUAAAUUAAGUGUGGAAAGUAUCAGUGCUUGCCCUCACAUCUCCCUCAUAUAAACACGCCCCAAUCAAUCCCUUUUUUGUAGUAAAUUUUGAAGCAUAAUGGGGUUUUUGUUUUGUUUGGGAACUGUACCCAGCAGUGCUCAGGGCUGACUUCUGUCUCUGAAUUUAGGGAUAACUCCUGGUGAGCUCAAGAGACAAUAUGGAGUGUCAGGGAGUGAACUGGGUUGGCCAAAUUAAAGGCAAGUUCCUUACCUGCCGUAUAAUCCAUCUAGCCCCUGGAAUACAUUUUUUUUAAUGUGUCCAAGAGAUAAUACAGUGUUGUUAAAAGUCAGCGUCACGAGUUCACUCUAAAAUUAAUAUCUAAUGUAAGGUAACUUUUUUUUAAGACUUAGACUAUUUUAAAUGUAUUAAUGUCUGAGGAAAUUUAAUGCACAAUGACUUUUAAACUAUGGAUUGAACUCCUCAGUUUAAUACACUUUGUGUUUUUGUUAACUAGCAGCAGAAUUUCAGCAUUUGCUACUUACUGGUAGAGAAGAAAAAUCCCACAGCCCUGCCAGUACAGGUUAGUUUAAUCUGUAAGUACUUGAUGUUCCUUUUUUUUUUUUUUAAACCAACAAACCAUAUCCAUAUAACUCACACGCAAAAAAACUGCAGUUACUUAAAUGUGAGUAUAUAACUAAUAAUAGAUCCAUUGGACACUUUUAGACAGUGCUUGAACCAAAGUAGCUCUAAGUUUGUUAACUUCAGUUCUUAAUGAAGGUGUAAUACUGUUCUUUUAUAAUUUGGUAGUGGUUGAAUUUAGACACAUUGUACAUAAAAGGAAAGACAGUGAUAGUUCCAUUGGCUAUAAGAUUCUUUUUGGUGGUAUAUGGGCAGGGCUUUGGGGCUAGGGUCUUGUCUUUUAUCUAGUUCAUGAUGAUUCUCAUAUUUAUCCCUUAACUUUUACAGUAUAUAUCAUUGUAAGAAAAGUCAAGUUUCUUCAUUGAUAUUUAGUCAGCAAGUAGGAUGUUUUUAUUUUUUGUUUUUAAUUGAUCAUCAUAACUUAGCUUGAUUUUUCUCCUUUUGUAAACUAUAAACUUUUUUUCUGUUGAUGCACCAGCACUCUGUUUAUUUUUCUUCGUAUUAACAAUAACAAACCCUACUUUGUUAACCAAGAAAUCUGGACACAGUUCACCAUGUGUUCCUUUUGAGGAUUUUUAUGUGGAGAUUUAAAAUGUGAGGGGAUCUUUCUUUAGGAGAACCUUCCCAUAAUCUGGGUUCUUCUUCCUCUUCCUUUCCAUUUUCCUAAAUAAAGUCUCUUCUGAACUCAGUUUUGGUUUUUUUUUUUUCCUCAAAUGUUGUGGAGAAUAGUGAAAUUUUUAUUGGUUCAGUCAGACUUCAUUAUUUAAUCCAUCCUCCCAAGUUCUCCUUUAACUUUCAAAUUCUGUGAUUUAAACCCAUGGAGAGAAUAAAAUACACUAUAUAUUCUAGCAUAAACAUGACGCUCAAAUUCAGUUUCCUUACAUGAAAAUUAGUGAAGAAUUUGCGUAGGAUACAUAUAGUGGUAGUGAUUUCCUUAAAACUGUCUUAACACUGCGACCAGAGAUAGUACAGACUGUAGGGUGCUUUCCUUGUGUGCGGCAAACUCAGGUUUGAUCUCCGGUAUCCCAUAUGGUCCCCCAAGCAACACCAGAAGUGAUCUGUGAGCAUCUAUGUGUGGCAAAAAACCAAAACAAAACCAAAAACAUCUAGCACUGUUUAUCUGGUGAGUACUUAAUCUUAGACUUUUGCAUAUAAAGCUUUGAUUUUUUUUUUAUUUUUAAUUUCCCUUUUGCUUUUUGUACCACCCAGCAGUAGGGCUUACUCUUGACUCUGCACAGGGUUAUUCCUGGAGAUGCUCUCUGGGUAUAUACUUCCUUUUUUAAAAGAUGGGGACACAUUUGAUGAAAGGUACGAAUCCUCUGGAAUUCUACAUUCUUUAUUCUCUGAAUCAGGAAUAUUAAAGUAAUUGUUUACCUAAUUUCUUUUUCAUUUAGCAAUAAAAGCACAGAAAUAGAGCACAAAUAUUUAAAUUUUUUUGUAUGAAAAAAGUAUUAAGGGUUUUUUGUUCUGUUUUUUUUUUUUUAGUGCUGGGACUUACAUAUGCAAGGCUUGUGCUUUAACUCUGAGACACAUUCUCAGCCUUUAAAAACUCAUGUUCCGGGGCCAUUUUUGACAGUGCUCUGGGGACCAUAAGUAUAGUGGAUUGAACAGGAAUCACCUACAUCUCUUAGGCUUAAACAUAUUUAAAACUGUUUUAAGCUCAAGGUUUUAUUUUUAGUUGACUGUCCAGAGUUUUGCUGUUUUUGGUUUCCAUGUUAAAUGGUUGUAAAAUAUACCAAAAUUUCUUAGUCUAGCAGAAGCUGUUGGUGUACUUUAUGAGUAAUUUUAAGAGAGUUAAAAUCGAAACGGACUGCUUACCUAAGUUGGUUGUGCCAACCUAUUACUCGGAGGAAUUCUCUUUAGAGUGGGACUUAUUAACUUUAAAGAACUCUAAAUAUAAACUUGCAUUACUCUAAACCAGCAGACAAACAUAGGCUAGAAGUGCUGAGUUGAGACAGACACUGUAUGAGAGUGGUAUAAGAGUUAAUGCUGAAUACAUUUUUAGCUGAAUUAUACCCCCGUAAAUAUCUUUCCCCAGAAGUAAUAAGAGGAUUUUUUUCCUUCUAGUCUUGAUUUGAGAAUAUUUUCGCUUUAUAUUUCUUUUUUGCAAUUUUUAUAAAAAAACAAAUGAGUGCUUUUUGGUAUGAAGAAUGAUAGUCUCCCAAAAUCUAAAAAUUAAUGAGUAUGUGAUAAUGGCAAUGUAUUCUUCUAGAUAAGCACUAAACAAAGUAUGGAUCCUCAAUUUAUGUCUUUAAGAUUUAAGGUGAAGUAAUUUCUAAGGAAUACUCUCCUUUCCUAGCAAGGAUAAGCAGAAAACUUGGUAAGUAUAUAAUAUUAAAUGCAUGUAAUAGUGAUGAGAGUAAAUAGCCAAAUUUGCAUAGUUUAAGAUGGUUGUUUGAAGACCAAGAAUUGAAUCUCCUUAUGACUUAAUAUGUAUCUAGCAGUUUGACACAUUUUUGUACAUCAUUAAAUCGAAAUGUACCUUACUCCUUUGUCUGGUUGGUUUUCUUUUUAUAUACUACUUUUAAAUGUUUUACAUUUCAGCUCUAUCCAGGGUUGAAAUAAGUAAAUUAUUUUAAGUUGCUUACAUGGCUUUACUUAAAAUCCCAUGAUGACUUUCAUUAAAACUGAUGAGGCAACUAAUGAAAGAGUGGGGAGGGUUGGAGGCACACAUUCGCCUGUUUUGGAAUAUAGUAAAGAACCAAUGCAUAAGAAUAAAAAUAAAAUGGUAGGCAUUUUACUAUUGUUUAAAUGUUAGUUCCUUUAUAAAAUCUAUUAAUUUACACAUAGGUGUUUAAUCUAAACUUAAUGUAUGGAAUAGUGCUUUUUAAAUGAAGAGGGAAACAUUAGGAAAUCAGUAUUUCCCCCCUCAACUCCCUUCUGUUCUAUAUGACCAAUAUGUCUCUGGUUAAGGUGAAUGUUUGAUCGUUGCACUUGGGAAACUACUUUACAUUGGAAAAAUAUAUUCCAUUUCUUUUCAGUCUAGUAUAGUAUUCUUUUGAAAAGCGGUACAAGAUGCCCAGUGGGUUAUAGUGAAUGGUGGGGGUUCCUUACUUUAAUUCACUUUCCAGACUUCAUUUCAUUAUACAUAUACGCAAGAAGGGAAAUGAAGAACAAGGAUCAUGAUGGUAAGAUGUACCUCAACAAAACAAAAAUGGAGAGAUGGUUAAUGGUAGCUGCAUGAUAAUCUGAUCCAGCUUAAGCAUGACUAGUGUUCUGCUUUUUAUGUAAAAAUAAAUUUAAAGAUCAGAGUGACAGUACUGUGGGAGGGCUUUUUCUUGCAUGUGGUCAGCCUGGUCAUUAAAAAAUGAGUACCACAGGGCCUGAAGUGAUAGUGCAGCGGGUAAGUUGCUUGCCUUGCCAGUUUCAUGACGUGUAUGUAUGGUUCCCCAAACAGCAGGGCUGAGCUCCGUGGGGUGAGGCCCAAUAAAACUAAAAGAAACCAGCGCCAUAAAUUGUGCAAGUGCUCAUGUCAGGCAGCAAUUCUUGCCUCUGAACCCCAAAUGGGAAAUGUACCUGGGUAUUUCACACUGGUUCAUUUCUGAAUUUAUUAAAAAAAAUUGUUACUUUUUCUUUUUCUUUUCUUUUUAAUUUUUUUUUUUUUUAAUUCAUUUUGGGUCACACCUGGCGGUGCUCAGGGGUUACUCCUGGCUUUGCACUCGGGAAUUCUGGUGGUGCUCAGGGGACUAUACUGGAUGCUGGAAAUUGAACCUGAGUAGGCUGCGUGCAAGUCAAACGCCCUACCCGCUGUGCUAUUGCUCCAGCCCCUCAUGUUCCUGUUCCUCUUUUAUAUAAAACGUUUACUAAAAAGCUAGCCAGCAUCUAAGCUAUAAGUAACAUUUUCAUGUUUUUUUUUUUGUUUUUGUUUUUCUUUUUUUUUUUUUGCUUUUUGGGUCACACCCAGUGAUGCUCAGGGUUCACUCCUGGCUCUGCACUCAGGAAUUACCCCUGGCCGUGCUCAGGGGACCAUAUGGGAUGCUGGGAAUUGAACCCCGGUCAACCAGGUGCAAGGCAAAUGCCCUACCCGCUGUGCUAUCACUCCAGCCCCAUCAUGGGUUUUGUUUUAAAAUAAAAAUUUUUCUUGUAUUCUGCUUGCAAAUUUGUAUAGAAAGCAUUUUAAGAGAGCAUACCAGAUAUUCAUAUAAACUUUGGUUUUGGGGCCACACCAGGUGAUGCUCAGAAAUUACUUCUAGCUUUGCAUUCAGGAAUUGUUUCUCUUUGGGUCUGAUCUAGCUUAAGCAUGACUAGUGUUCUGCUUUUUAUGUAAAAAUAAAUUUAAGGAUCAGAGUGAAAGUACUGUGGGAGGGCUUUGAUGUUCAGAGGUUACUCCUUACUCUGCACUCAGGACUUAAUUCUGACGGUGCUUGGGGUGUCCUGGUGUACCGGGGAUUAAACCCAGGUCAACCUGCGUUGGCCCCAUGAAAGGCAAAUGCCAUACCUUCUGUACUGUUUUUUGGUCCUGCAAUCAGGAAAUUCACCUUGGUGUACCAUGUGGCGCUGGGAUUGAACCCAGGUUGACCUCAUGCAAGGUAAGCACCUUACUGGCUGUACUGUCACUCAGGCCACUCAUACAAGCUUUUUUUCCAAGAGAUGAGUGAUGGAGCUAAUCCUUACCUAUAAGUUUUGUUUGGGGACCACACCUAGUAGUGGGCAGGGCUUCUGGCUUAGCACCCAGGAAUAAUUCCUGUUGGUGUUUGGGAAACAUUGAGAAAGCCAGGGAUCCGACAAGUGGUGUUAGCCUCAUACAAGGCAGUUGUUUCUUCCCACAUACUAAGCCAUUUUCCCCCUACAAAUAGUAUUUUUUGUUUCAUGUUUGGGGCUGUAUGAGUGUUAGGUUUUUUCUUCAGCUGCUUUUGGACAAAUUAGAAGUCGAGUACAGUGGGUAGGGCAUUUGCUUUGCCAACCUGGGGUCAAUUCCCAGCAUCCCAUAUGGUCCCCUGAGCACCGCCAGGAGGAAUUCCUGAGUGCAGGGCUAGGAGUAACUCACGUAUUGCCAGAUGUGACCAAAAAGCAAAAAAGAAGAAAAAAAAAGUCCGAGACUGACACCUGCAAUUUUUUUUCUGUUGUGGGGAGAGGCCCACACCUGGCUGGUUUAGGACCCUCUGGAGCACUAGGGUUCGAACUGAAUCAGCCACAUGAAAGGCAAGUGUCUUGCUACUGUACUAUCACUUCAGCUUUAUAAAAUUUUCUUCCUUGCAAGGAGAUAGCUCGCAAAUAGCACUCAACAGAGCAUGGUGUCCUCUCAGCAAUACUAGACAGUACUGUGGGCCUACCACAUUUCCUUCCAUGUGCUACAUCCCUUUGAAGUUUCUGCCUGGAACUGAAGCGGUAUUUUCUCAAGCAAGUAAUACAGCUUUUUUGCAUCAUCUGAAGGCUAAUACCAUAGGAAAUAUUUUUAAUUUUUGUUGAAAUUCUAUUGUCUCGUAGGAUUUGGGGGGAAGUGAUAUUUAUUGUAUAGGACACAUCUGCGUCAUCAUUUUUGUUUCUCCUUUUAGUUUUGUAGGGUUGCAGAGGUUGUUGACUAAGCAUUCAAGCUAAACUAUAAUUUGAAAAAAGGAUAUUUAUUUUUACAUCUGAUUUCUAGUUGUGCUUUCUUAUUUUUUAGUUUAUGGGCCACGCAUGACAAUGAUCAGGCCUUACUCCUCACUCUGUGCUCAUGGACCUGAUGAUUCUUGGGGGAACCGUAAGGGAUGCUGGGGAUUGAACCCAGAUCAGCUGCCUACUAAAGGCAAGUCUUCCCCUACUUAUUGUACUAUUUGUCCAAACCUUUGAUUGCAGUUACGUUUUUAUCUAAAAGUUGGAGGAUUUUUUUCCCAUUAAAAGGAAUUUGUUGUCCAAGAUCAUUAAUUAUUUGACUGUUGCUAAGGUGAAUAAAAAAAUUCAUCUACA